CUUUAAACUUCUCUUCUACUUACAUAAACUGUUUCUUUUCACAAUUUCUCUUAUAGAAAAAUUUCACUUCUCUUAGUUAUGUUCAAUCUUACCUCUUCCUUAUUCCCUACUUUCUUCCAUAGGAAUAUUUCCUCAAAACCCUUCUUCCAAAAAUCCCUAAACAACCAAAAGUUACCAUCUUUCACCACUUUUAACCACUUCCAGCUCCUCUUCAACCUCCUCGACUCCGAUGGUGACGGCAAGAUCUCGACGAAAGAGCUCAGUCAAUUUCUCUAUCGUCUAGGAUAUAAAAAGCUGAAAGCUACAAUGGAAGCUGAAGAAAUGGUGAAGGAAAUGGAUUCAGACCGUGAUGGAUUCAUUGAAAUGGAUGAAUUUUUAGAGGUUUUGCAGAAGGGGGAGGAAGAAGAAGAAAUUCUUAGGGAAGCUUUUCUGAUAUUUGAUGGUGAUAAGAAUGGAUUGAUUUGUGCUGAGAAGUUAAAGAGAACAUUGAGCAAAUUUGGAUGGCAAAAAUGUGACCUCAAACAAUGUAAAAAGAUGAUUGAAGGAGUUGAUCAUGAUGGCGAUGGCUAUGUGAAUUUUCAAGACUUUCGGCUCAUGAUGACACAGAAAAGAUAAUCAUAUAUAUAAUAUAGAGAUUAUUAUCUGUAAUUUUAUAUUUGAUUUAUCUCUAAGAAAUGUAAUGUCGUCUUUAAUUAAUGCUUAUGAUUAUGACUUGUAAUAAUAUAUCUUCUUUUUCUUUUCUUUUUUUAAAAA